AUGUUUGUAAAUGUCGUUGGUUUACAUUCAAAUUGCGAUUUUCAGGAAACAGUUGGUUUACAUUCAAAUUGCGAUUUUCCGGAAACAGUUGGUUUACAUUCAAGUUGCGAUUUUUAUCAAACAGUAGGUUUAUAUUCAAGUUGCGAUUUUGAUCAACUAAUUGGUCUACAUUCAAAUUGCGAUUUUGAUCAGCCAAUUGGUUUACAUUUAAAUUGCGAUAAAAUAUGA